UGACACUUGGCCGCCAGCAGGCGUUUUCCUCGCUUCCUGCUUCCACAGCAAGAGUCGCUGCGAAAUCUACGUGACCGAGCGAGCGAUCAAUAGUGGCGAACACAGAGACCUCCCGGACCGGCUGGAUCCUAUAGGGAGCUGCUUGUCUGGCGUCAAAUCUGGUUUCAGGACGGACUCGGAGGCAGUUAGCUGUGCUCCAGCCCCGCCGGUUCCGCCUUGUGUCCUGAUCCUCUGCAUCCUGCCAUGGGCCGCGGGUCGGUCUGGAGAUAAACAUAGCCGGUCUGACUCUAAGUGGCUCCAGUUAUGGGAAUCCAGUGGCCUUGGUUCCCUCGGGCGCACUGCCAGGACAGUGAAUCCCCUGGUCCAGACGGGGAGAGGGAGAAGAGCUGGGUCAAGCUGUUUGAUAAGAUGGACCUCAACCAAGAUGGACGCAUUGACAUCCUUGAUCUGCGGGCAGGGCUGGCAGGCCGAGGGCUUUCUAGACGCUCCUUGGAAAGGAUUGUGGAGACCGGUGACACCAACCAUGAUGGAGUACUGGACAUUGAAGAGUUCACACAGUAUCUUCGCACCCAUGAAAAACAGCUCAAACUCAUGUUUAGCAACCUGGACAGGAACCAUGAUGGUCAGAUAGAUGCAACGGAAAUCCAGCACUGUCUACACGCCAUGGGUAUGGACAUCAGCCUCGAGGAUGCCACCAGGAUUUUGCUGAGUAUGCACAAGGAUGGUACUACGACGAUUGACUGGAAUGAGUGGCGAGACUACUUCCUGUUUAACCCUCUCACUAAUAUGGAGGACGUGGCACGCUACUGGAAACGUUCACUGAUGUUGGAUAUAGGUGAGCAGUUGAUAGUCCCAGAUGAAUUUUCAGAAGAGGAGAAGAAGUCUGGGUAUGUGUGGCGGCAGCUGAUGGCUGGAGCUAUGGCUGGAUCUGUAUCUCGGACUGGAACCGCCCCCUUGGACCGCCUCAAAGUCUUCCGACAGGUUCAUGGUUCCUCUGAUUUUAAAGGGAACGCGCUGAGCACUUUUCGGUACAUGGUGAAAGAAGGAGGACUGCAGUCGUUGUGGAGAGGCAACGGAAUCAACGUUCUUAAAAUUGCCCCAGAGACUGCAAUCAAGUUCACAGCUUAUGAACAGAUCAAGAAUGUGAUGCGUGGCAAUAAUGAAACAGGAAAACUGAGGGUUCAUGAGAGGUUUGUUGCUGGCUCUCUAGCUGGAGCUACAGCUCAGACAGCCAUCUACCCAAUGGAGGUACUGAAGACCCGUCUCAUACUAAGAAAAACAGGCCAGUACUCAGGAAUAGCAGACUGUGCCAAAAAGAUCCUACAGAGGGAAGGUGUCACGGCCUUCUACAAGGGCUAUGUACCCAACUUGCUGGGUAUUGUCCCUUACGCUGGCAUCGACCUGGCUGUCUAUGAGACUCUGAAGUUUGCCUGGUUGAACAGGAACAGAGGUUUAGCCGACCCGGGGGUCAUGGUGCUGGUCGGCUGUGGUGCCGUCUCCAGCACCUGUGGACAGCUGGCAAGUUACCCACUGGCACUGAUUCGCACCCGAAUGCAGGCAAAGGCUUCAGAGAAGGGAGCCCCUAGACCCUCCAUGUUGACCUUGCUUCACAACAUCUUGACUCAGGAGGGCGUGGCCGGACUUUAUAGAGGAAUUUCCCCCAACCUGCUGAAAGUCAUUCCUGCUGUCAGCAUGUCCUACGUCGUCUACGAAUACACGAGGAUAGCCCUGGGAGUGGACAUCGAGGGUAGGAGGGCAGGGAAAGGGAAAGGGUAGGAAAAGGAUAAAUGAUUUGCGGGUGGAUUUUAUCUACAAGCACGUACAGAUCUGGUGGCAGUGCAUGAGGAAAUGGGUCUUGAUUGUGGAUGGAUACAUGGUUCUGGGAUUGCAGGUUUUAUCAACAGAUCAACAGAUCAACUUAAUAUAAAAUCUGUCGUGAAAGCCUCACAUUUGAAUAACCACACCUGAACCCUGCUGCAGUGAAGAGUUUCAAGAAUGAUAUAUUGCAUUGCAGUGUAUGCCAGGAGUUGUGUGAAAGCUAACUAGUUGUACUCGUACUACUGCACUGACUUGGACAGAUGGAAACUUGCAUGAACUUGCCUGAGAAAAAACAAGUACAAGGUGUAACCAACAGGGGAGCCAUGUCACAUUCCCACAGCAUUAUUUUUUCUCCUAGGUGGUAUAUAGAGAAGAUGAAGGACUGAUAGGAGGAUUGAUCCAAUUUCCUCUUCUCUAAGAGGAUCCUGAAGUCCCUGCAGACUUGUCUUAAACAUAUGUUACAAAAACUAAAGUACAGCGACAAUUGUCAAACAACAGCAGAUAAUUACUGAACUUAACUCUUGAAGGAUCACAUGGACACGACUGAAAUGGAAAGUGGUGAAAUGAGAAAGAAAUGCUGUCAAUUUUCUCUUUUGUAAAUGUAUUACUACUGAGUAGAGCAAACCAAUAUACUUUAUAUUUAACAGGUGGGAAACUGCCAAAGCCAUAUCCAAAAGUACGAAGGAUUCAUGAUAACUUUUCAUGCAAAAUGCUCAUGUUUUAUAUGUUCCUAAGAGGUGAGUUUGUUCUCAUAUGUUAAAAAAAUAUUACUGGGUUCAGUGCCACAUAGUAUUUUCAUAAACUGUAUGUGAACAAUGUGCAGUUUUAACAUUAUAUUAAAGAGAUAACAGUCUGUAUCACGAAAUAAUAGGAAAUGACAUUUAAUGCCAAUGAACCUUUUUCAUGUGUCAGUGUUUAUUAUGGGAUGUGCAAAUAAAUGCCUGCAUAGUGCUGCUUUUUUUAAAUAAAUGCCACUUAGUUUCCAUUUUAUCUUACAGAUGUCGAAAUUGAAUUAA